UGUCAUGUUGUAAAAACAACGAAAGUUAUAAUAAUAAUGAAAAAUGAUGAGUAGCGAUUUAUGUUAGUCUCUUGUUUUAAUUGCUACGUCUAGUGAAUACAAGUAUUAUGGACAUUAUUAGUAUAAGUGAAGAAUGUGAUAACUUGGUUGAAUUAAAAAAAAUAGCUGUAGAAAAACAGCUGAAUAGAACAGAUGAGGAUUACUUAUGCCGGUAUCUAACAGGACAUGAAAAUAAUGUUAAAAGAUCUAUCAAUGCCUUGUGCAACUAUCAGAGCUUUGUUGAGAGACGUAGGGACACCUGGUUAAACAUUGACAAAACUAAACUUAGUACAAUUUUGGAAUCAUGUGUUAUUGACGUAUUAGAGAAUCAAGGUGAAUUAGAACAAAAAGUGGUUUGGAUCCGUUUGGAAAAAUGGAAUCCAGAACUAUUUUCAGCGGACGACAUUUUACAGAUAUCAGGUUUAAUUUGCGAGGCUAUUUAUUCAAAAGUUAAAAUUAUUAAAUUUAUUGAUAUUAUUAUGGAUCUGAAUAACAUCCAGUUUCAACAUUUAUAUGCUUUAUCGACGAAAUUUGCCAAAAGGAUGGUAUUUUUUUUAUCGGAAUGUUUACCAAUGAAGAUGUUGAAUAUAUAUAUUAUUAGACAACCAAAAUUAUUUUAUUUGCUUUACGCAGUAUUCAAGCCCUUCAUAUCAGAAAGAAUGAAGAAAGUGAUACACGUGUGUGGACACGAUUUUACAGUUUUAGUGGAAAAUAUUGGAGAAAAAAUUCUUCCACAGGAUUUAGAUGGAUGUGCAGCAGAAUCAUUACCGUCAAGAUGGCUCGAACAUUUAUAUAAAACAAGAACACAGAAAGAUUUACAGUUGUCCGGAUACCAAUUUUCAAGCUGAUUGAUUGAAAUAAGCAAAUAAACAUCGUCAUGAAUACAUGUGUUAAAAUGUUCUUUACAAAAAUGUAAUAAACAAAUAAAACAUACA